CCCCCCCCCGACUUCCCAGAGCAAAAUACAGGGUAUUGCAUUUAACAAACAUAAUCUAACAUAAACAAACUAACUAUAAGCUCUUAACUCCCCCUUACUCUUUAACUCCCUGAUAGGUACCAAAAUGUCAGAAUAAAAAGAAAAAUCAUCUAAACAUUUCAUUCAUAAGCUAUUUGCAACUUUUUAGUCCCAUAUUUGUUUUAUAUAUAGUCAAUCCAUCUUCUCCAUUCCAGUACAUAUCUUUCAUUUGAACGAUCCUUCAAAUAUGCAGAGAUUUUAGCCAUCUCUGCCAAAUUAGCUACUUUUAAUGUCCAUUCUUCAAUGGUAGGUACGUCUUCCUUCUUCCAAUAUUGCGCCACCAAAAGUCUGGCUGCAGUUAUUAAAUUCAAAAUCAGAUUAGUCUCUAUAACUGUACAAUCUACAGUUAUGCCCAAUAAAAACAACUGUGGAGUAAAUUUUAUCUUCCUUUUAAGAAUAUUUUGUAUAAUCCACCAUAUCUUAAUCCAAAAUGCCUUAAUUUUCUUACAUGUCCCCCAUAUAUGAAAAUACGUUGCAUCAUCACAUUUACAUCUCCAACACGUAGAUUGUAAACUCGGGUACAUACAAGCUAACUUUUUGGGAUCUAAAUGCCAUCUAUAAAACAUUUUGUAAAAAUUUUCUCUCAGGUUUUGGGCUUGAGUAAAUUUUACAUUUCUAACCCAUAUUUUCUCCCAUACAUUCAUGGUUAUUGAUUCCCCAAAGUUUUGUGCCCAUUUUAUCAUACAGUCUUUCACUAACUCAGUUUCUGAAUCUAUUUCUAUCAAUGCAUUAUACAACCUUUUAAUAUGCAUUGGGCUUUGAUCCCUAAUUUGUUUUAUUAAAUUUUCUUCAUUUUGCAAAAUACCAAUUUUCUGAUCUUCUUUCCAUCUAGUAUACAACUGUCCAUACUAAAACCAAGUUUGAAUUUUCCUUUCUUCCUUUAAUACCUCUAAAGACUUUAAUUGCAAUGUGCCUCUUUCCAAGAUAAGAAGCUCUUUAUAAGUAAUCACAUCUUGUUUCUGUUCCACACUUAUAUUCUCUAUCAUAUGUCUAGGUAUUGUCCAUAUAGGUAAUUUAUUAUUUAAUUUAUAUUGAUACUUUUUCCAUACACGUAAUAAUGCAUUUCUUAAUAUAUGACUUUUAACAUUCUUAUCCACCUUUUUAUCAUAUAGUAAAUAUGCAUGCUAUCCAUAUAACAAAUCAUACCCUUCAAUAUUCAAUAUUCUCUCUUCUGUUGAAUUAAUCCAAUCACUUAAUUAUUGAGAGCACAGCUGCCUCGUAAUACAAUCUUAAAUUAGGCACUUGGAGACCUCCUCUUUCACGUGUAUCUUGCAUUAUUUUUUGUUUUAUUCUUGGUCUCUUUCCUACCCACACAAAAUUAGUAAUACCCUUCUGCCAUUCGUUCAAGUUUCCAUCUUUUUUCAGUAUUGGUAUCAUUCGGAAAAGAAAUAAGAACUUUGGUAAAAUAUUCAUCUUCACUGCAGCUAUCCUUCCCAGCAGUGAUAAUUGCAAUUUUUUCCAAUUUUCCAUGUCUUUCUGUAUUUUUUGCCACAACAGUUCAUAGUUAUACUUAUAUAGUUUCGCAUUUGAUGUCGUAAUAUACACCCCUAAAUACUUAACCUUCUUUAUUGAUUCAAAUCCUGUUAUUCUUUCUAUUUCUUCUUUUUGACUUGUAAAGUCACGGGUAGUGAUGGGAGCAGCAUGGCACUCCCAUGUAACACUGCUCCUGCGCGAGCUGCACUGGCUCCCGGUGGUCUUCUGGGUGCGCUUCAAGGUGCUGGUUAUCACCUUUAAAGUGCUCCAUGGCAUAGGGCCUAGCUAUCUUCGAGACCGCCUGCUGCUACCGACGACCUCCCAGCGACCUGUGCGCUCCCACAGAGAGGCCUCCUCAGGGUGCCAUCAGCCAAACAAUGUAGGCUGGUGACCCCCAGGGGGAGGGCCUUCUCUGUGGGGGCACCUACCCUCUGGAAUCAGCUGCCCCCCCAGAGAUAAGGAGAAUCCAAGACCUCAGUGCCUUCCGCCGUGCCCUUAAAACUCACUUUUUCCAGCAAGCCGGGCUGCCUUAGGAAGAAAUUUUUUAAAAUUUUUAAAUGUUUAAUUGGUUUGUGGUUUUUUAAAUUUUGGGCCAAAUUUAUAUAGAUUUUAAUUGUUUUUAAUAUUUGUGUUUCAUGUUUUUAAUUCUGGCUGUGCACCGCCCUGAGUCCUCAGGGAGAAGGGCGGUAUAUAAAUUGAAAAUAAAUAAAUAAAAAAAAAUAAAAACCAUAUUUUUAAUUAUUAUCUUCAUUUUCCCUGCAUUAAUUUUAAAUCCAGAUACUUGUCCAUAUUGGUUAAUUAUAUCCAUUAAACCUGUAACCAAUUUUAUUGGUUGGGUCAAGGUCACAACCAGGUCAUCUGCGAAUGCUCGUAUCCUAUAAUCCUCAUGCCUAAUUUUAAUUCCCCUUAUUUUAUCUGAACCACACAUUUUAUUCAACAAAACUUCCAGAGUCAGAAUAAACAAUAAUGAAGAUAAAGGACAUCCUUGUCUUGUUCCCUUUUCUAUACUGAAAGUUUCUGUUAAACUACCAUUAAUAUUACUUGUGCCAUUUGUUGCUGGUAUUGCCUUAAUAGAUUGUAUAAAAUACUCUCCAAAUUGCAUCUUUUCAAUUAUUUUCAAUAAAAAAUUCCAAUUCAAUCGAUCAAACGCCUUCUCCGCAUCUAAGAAUAUAAGCACCGCAGGGACCUGGUUGUUCUUUCCCAAAUACUCCAAUAUAUUAACUAUUUGCCUUACAUUACUUUUCAUAUAUCGCCUAUUAAUAAAACCAGUUUGAUCAUUAUGAAUCAUUUGUUGCAUAACUGGCAUCAACCUAUUUGCCAAUAUUUUAGUAAAAAUCUUAUAAUCUGUAUUUAACAGUGAUAUAGGCCUAUAGUUUUUUGGUUGAGUGUGAUGUUGAUCCUCCUUUGGGAUCAGGGAAAUAAAUGCUGUUCUCCAAGAAGGAGGCACUUGUCCUCCGGUUUGUAUUUUAUUAAAUAAUCCUUUAAGUGGUUCCACCAUUUCUGCCUGCAAAUUUUUAUAAUAAACCGCUGUCAGUCCGUCCGUCCCAGGGGCUUUUCCCACCUUCAGUUGCUUAAUUGCUAAAACAAUUUCUUCAACAGUUAUCAAUUGAUUCAAACCUUCCCUUUGCUCUUCUGAAAUUAUAGAAAUAUUCUCCCUCUGUAAAUAUUUGUCUAUAUCCGUACCUUGAAUCUUAUCACUAGUAUACAACUUCGUAUAGAAUUCUGAAAAUGCUGUUUUAAUCAUAUUUUGCUGAUACACCUCUUUACCCUUAUAUUCUAUUUUCUCUAUGGUACGUGACUUUUGUUUUUUUCUGAGCAGAUAUGCCAACCAUCUACCUGGUUUAUUAGCAUUACAAAAAGUAUUAUGUUUGGCAUAUUGCAAAUUAGUUGCCACCUGGUCUGCCAUCAACAUAUUAAAUUGCCCUCGUAAUAAAUUAAUUGCUUCUUUUGUUUUCUUAUCAGUUGGGUUUAAAAUUAAUAGUUGCUCUUUAUUUUUUAUUUCUUUUUCUAGCUCCUUCCGUUUCCUUUCAUGUUUACGUCUAUAUUUAUUAUUCAUCUAUAUUAGAAUACCUUUCAUAUAUGCUUUACUUGCAUCCCAAACCGUCUCCAUAGGUGUACCUUUAUGCAUAUUCAUAACAAAAAAUUCUUUCAUAAAUUGUUUGCAUUCUUUCACAUUUCCCUCAUAUCUAAACAAAUUUUCAUUCAGCCUCCAGGACUUCCUGGGUCCCUUUUCAUAUUCUAAUUCCAUCCAAACCGGACUAUGAUCUGUUAAUGUUCUUGGACAUAUUUUCGUUUUCUUCACCCUAGAAAGAAAAUCAUUAGAAAUUAAUAUAAAGUCAAUCCUAAAAAAUGACUGAUGUCUAUCAGAAAAAAAGGUAAAAUCUUUCUCUUCUCCAUUCCUCUCACGCCAAAUAUCUCUCAGCUCCAUAUCCUCCAUCAUAUCAAAAAAGGAUUUAGGCAAUCUGGCACGUGUUUGGAUAUUUUGCAGAGAUCCUUUUUUGUCCUUUUUAAUGUCCAUAACUCCAUUCCAAUCUCCCAUCAUUAUAUGUAUUUUGUAAUCCCAUUGUGUUAAUUUAGCAUGUAAAGUCUUAUAGAAACUUUCUUGUUGCUGAUUUGGUGCAUAUAUUCCAAUUAAUAAUGUUUUUUUCCCUUCUAUUAAAAUUUCAAUUGUGAUAUAUCUUCCUUGCACAUCUGCUUCAAUUAAUUUAGCUAUUAAAUCUUUUUUUAGAUAUAUAACUAUACCAUUUUUCUUUUCCGGUGCAGAUGCUACAAAAUGUGUCCCCAAUCUUGCAUUUAUUAAAUAUUUUUGAUCUUGCAUUCUAAUAUGUGUCUCUUGUAAGCAUAUAAUGUCAUUUUUAUACUGCUUCAGAUAAUGAAAUAUUUUCCUCCUCUUUUGCGGUGAAUUUAAACCAUUGACAUUCCAGGUUAGAAAUUUACUUGCCAUCUUUGGCAAUUUCAAGCAUUAGCUGAAGGUCAUCUUUCACUUUAAUCUUCGGCCUUGCCCCUCCCACUGCUUCUGAUUUUGUAGUUUCUUGUGCUUUCAUCUGGGCUUGCUGCACCUUUAAUUCCUCUUGGCGUUUCGUUGCUGCUCGAGUCUGUCUUUGGUCCCUUGGUUCCUCUAUUUUGCCAAAUAAUUCCAUGUCUUGGGCAGAGCUCGUAAAAUGUAAUAAAUCUUCUUCAAUAAUCGAGGCCCCUCCUUGAGCCUGUGCCUGAGCCUGCGUAAUUUCUUUCCCUCCCUUUCUUGCUUCCUCUGUUUCCUUUCUUCUUCUGAUUUCUGGAGAAGAUGAACCUCCAGCCUUUAAUACAUUAAAGUGAAAAUCUUUUGCCUUCCAUACUGUAUUAAGAUGAAAUCUCUGUCCUGAAUAAUCCACCACCAAUCCAGUUGGAAUCUCCCAUCUGUACUGUAACUGACACUUUCUAAGUUCAUCCACCGCAAAAGCAUAGUCCUUCCUUGCUCUCAACAUUUUGGGAGGGAUUUCUUUCAAUGUUAAAAUCUCCUGCCCUGCCACUUGAAGUUUAUUUUUGUAAGAAGCCUGCAAUAUCAUAUUUCUUAGCCUCCUUGUUGUAAAGUAAAUUACAAUGUCUCUUGGUAAAUUUCUCUGCCUGGCCACCCAUGAGUUAACACGAUAAAUUUUAUCAAUUUGCCAAUCCAAAUCCUCCUUUCUUUCUUCAGUUAUCUGUACAAAGGCUUCUGCAAAGAUCUCUCUCAAAUUCUCUUGGGUAUUUUCUUUCAGACCUCUUACUCUUAUGGCAAAUUCCAUUGAUCUAUAUUGUAUCAUCAUCACCUCUGAGUCUGCUUUUUCUAUCUGUGUCUGAACCUCUCCCAUUUUAUUCUCCAAAUUCACGUUUGAUUGAUUAAUUUCCUCUAAUCUUUCAUCUAACCCUUCAAUGUGGCUUGCCAAACCUUUAAAUGCAAAAAUAAUGUCUUCUCUAAUUUCCUUAUUUCGAGCUUGAAUUACAUCUUUGAUUUCUGUCAUUUCUCCAGUUACUUCAUUCAUUUUAUCAGUCACCACUUUCAUUUUUUCAUCAAAAGCAGAAGUAAUUUUUUCUUCUAAAGAGAAGGCUUGCAGCUUUAAGGCUUGCUGCAAGGCUUCCAGGAUUAAAAUUUAUGGUUCUACUGGAACUGUCAAAGAUUGCGGUUUGGGUGGUGGAACAGGAGAACUCACAGUAAUUUUGGCCCCAGCAGUUUUUAUUUGCUUGAAAGCCAUUUUCCAAUUUUCAGUUCCAAAUUAAAACUUUUACAACAGCCAGUCCCAGAAAUUAACUCAAUUUCCAAUUAGUUUCCAGUCCUCAAUAAGUUUGAAUUUAUCUACAGUCCAAUUUAAUUCUUCUUUCUUUUAAAACAAAUUCCAUUUAUUAUCAGCAGAGACUGUCAGCGCAGAUGAGUACUUUAGAGUUAACUUUCGUUACCAUGCCCAAUUAAGACUCGGUGUCAUUUCCUUUUACUUUCUUCCCACAGCAAUCAAGAAGGAAGUGUUCAACACACAGGAGUUAAAGUUUAAUACUUGCAAUUAGAGUCCCUCCUGACUUCACUCUGCCUGCUUUUGUAUCCAAAAUAUUGUUAAAUUGUUGCAGGGAUGGUCACGGCGUCUUGUUCUGCUAAAAGCAGAAGCGUCCCGGGUCCGGAGCUUAUGUCAGGCUUCCAGGGAGCUGUCACCCUUCGCGCCCCAAGAAUUAUUCCUGGGACUCUUGGGGAGUUCUACCCAAGCCUGGCUGCUCUCUUUCCCCUCUUUUCCCGAGGGGAAAAUUUCCAAGCCGCUAGAUAGCUGGUUUUCGCUGUUCUAGUGACUUUAACGAGAUUGCAGGGCUAGCGCUCCAAAGGGAGCUGCCAUUGAUGACGCGGUGCCACUGGAAGUCGCCAUGGAGCGCUUUAAAGGUGGUUACCAACACCUUGAAUCGCACCUGGAAGACCACUGGGACCCAGUGCAGCUUGCGCAGGAGGGGUGUCACAUGGGCACAACGGGUUGCGCCCAUAACCACCCGCGCAGCCGCAUUCUGGACUACUGGUGCCUCCGAGUGCUCUUCAAGGGGAGCCCCAUGUAGAGAGAAUUACAGUAGUCCAGCCGGGAGGUGACAAGGGCGUGAGUGACCGUGCGCAAGGCGUCCCGGUUCAGAAAGGGCUGCAACUGGCAAAUCAGGCGAACCUGAUAAAAAGGCCCCCUGGCCACGGCCGUCAAAUGCUCUUUUAAAGACAGCCGUGCAUCCAGGAGGACACCCAGAUUGCAAACCCUCUCUGUGGUGGGCAGGGAUUCAUCCCCAAUAGUCAGUGAUGGCACCAGCUGACUAUAUUGGGACACCGGAAGCCACAGCCACUUGGUCUUGGAAGGGUUGAGUCUGAGCCUAUUUCUUCCCAUCCAGACCCGCACGGCCUCCAGGCAGUGAGACAUCACAUCAAGGGCAUCGGUGGGGUGGUCUGGUACCUGUAGCUGGUUUAGCUUAGUUAGGUGUCUGGAAUGAUGGUAUUGAAUGCUGAACUAAAGUCUACAAAGAGGACCCUUGCGUAGGUCUUUCGAGAUUCAAGAUGUUGUAGGAUGUAGUACAGAGCCAUAUUAACAGCAUCAUAUGUUGAUCUAUUUGCUCGGUAUGGAAAUUGCAAGGGGUCUAACAGCGGAUUCGUGAUGAUUUUCAAGUGGGACAGCACUAGCUUUUCAAAUAUACUAUAAAAUAAAAAAAUACAAAAACCAAAUAGCAUGUAAAACUGACAGUAGUACAAAUUGCUAAGAUAUUCUAUGGAUUUAUUUAUUUAUUCAUUUACAAUAUUUAAUAUUUGUAAUUUACUGUCCAUAAUUGCAUUUUUUUUCUUUCCCUUGAGGAAAGCUCUAAUACAUUAAUUCAGCUCUUAUCCUAACAGAUCCGUAGGGCAGGCGGUGUGGUGGCCCAAGGUCUUCAAAAACAGCUUAAUAGAUGAAACCGUUUUACUUGACAUCAGGGCAGAAAUUCCUGAAAGUAUCUUCUGAAAUUUGGUGUGUUUCUUUUAGAAAAGUCCAUGUGUGAAUAGAUGCAAGCCAUAUCUUUGGAUUGUUUGAAAUAUGGUAUGAUUCUCCUUUCCAUGCUUCUUUUAGACUGAAAUGUUUAUUAAAAUGGGAAAAUCACAACUCAGGCCAUUACAUUAAUUUUUUUUUAGAUUAUCCAAGUUAAAAUGAAUUGCAGCUUUCUUGCAGCCUCACAAAAGCAAAGCAGAUUUAUUAGUUCUUAGAUCUUGUUGCCUGACAGGUAACAAGAUUCUGGAAAACUGGAAAGUAUUUGAAUAUUUCCAUAGAAUGGCAGAUGUACUGGAAAACUACUCUAAAGGAAAAUUGAACCACCCCAGCAAAAGUUGAUUUUUACUUCACUUGGUUUAAACUUUGUACAACAAAGGCAUCAUGAUUGUCUACUUACCCAGUUCUAGACUUAAAAUCUAAUUUAUAGAUUACAAAUAGGCUAUAUACUUUUUGUUCAAUAGGUAUUCCACUGUAUUGUUAACAAAUCAUUUUUUUUCUCUGAUAAGAGAGCCUGAGAUUUUUUAAAAGAUUUUUUUUUUAAGCUUCACACAUUUAAACCUUUCCUUUUUUAAAGAAUAGCUCCUGUGGUUUUAAUAUAUGAAGCUUCUGUUGCAAAAAGGUACUACAUAAAUAUUUCUCCUAAUCUGUCUCCUGAAAUGAAGUAAGGAGCAAUUAUUUUACCUAUAAGUGAACAUAAGUCAGGAACAGUAUAUCAGGACUAGAGAUUUAAAGUUUAUGUUGUUUGUUUAUAUAUAGGCAGUUUAUAAAAUAACAUUAAUAAAACUCAUAACAAAAGGGAAAACCUAUAGUUUCUCCCCAGGAAAUAAGGACUCUCACUUUUUGCAGGUGGACCAUAAGAUCCUCUGAAUGUAAAAAUGAAAAAACAAUGGGCUGCAAGCGUGUUUGUGCACAGUGUCAUGAUGCCUAUACAAAAGAGGUAGAGCUGGCUUCACACAUUUCCUCAUAUAUUUCCCCUUGACCCCACUGAGUAGAACCAAUAUAUGUUUUAGGACAAUACACCUCACACCACUCUACCUUUUAACUGAAGUAGAAAGCUCUUCUUGCAUGUUCCUUUAUCAUUUACUUCAGUUUGAAUGUUUUUUCUUUUUAUGACUCUGUAAUCUCUUGAUUCGGGGUGGAGUCGAGUGACUGAAUGGGGCAGACCGUUUACUGACCGGAUGCCCUUCCUGAUGCCUACAUGGAGUUUGCAGCAGAUAUUUUCUCUUUGCGCCCUGAUAGGGAGACAUCUGUCGCUGCCUUCUGAGUGAAGAAAAAUUCAAGAAAAUUGAGGCCACUUGUAAGCAGUGUUAGCUAAUCUUCUGCAAAGAGAAGCCAACAUGAUCCAGAGAAUGGCAGGGCAUUCUAGGAGGGGCUGUCCAAGAAUGAGGACAUACUGGCCAGGCUGGAAUUCCCUGAAGCCAAGAUAAACCAGGCCAACCUGCUCUGAAACUGUUGAAUAUCUUUAUUAUCAGUAAGUAGAUGAAAGUCAAGCAAAGAGAAUGCAGACGUCAAAGGGUUAGCAAGUUUUAAGAUAGUUUUACCUGUUUGCAGGUAUAGACAAACAAUUGGGACAAGCAGUAAAAUGGUGCAGUAUCUCUUUGCUAAUGCUUCCCCUGCCCCCCCCAAAAAAAACACAAGAAUCACCAACCCUAUUAAGUUAAGGGAGAUUUUUUCUAAUUUACAGGAACAGGCAUUGCAUCUAAUCCUUCUCUUCUAAAAUAUUACUGCAAAUUGUUAGGAACUUAAGAAGAUUGAUAUUCCUGCUUCUCUUGGCCUCUGUUUUAACUGGCGUUUGCCAAAAUCUCCACAGAAUUUUGCUCUUAAGUAUCGUAAAGGUUGGCUUCAGAACAGUUGAAUCCCAAGAAACCUUUGAAAUUGAUGACACCUACAAAGCAAUGCCUGAUAUAUUCUUGCUGGGUCUUUGUCUAAAUCACUGGAGGGUAAACUAGAUAUCAGUACAAAUUACAUUUGGAUUGCUUUUUGAACAAAACUUCACAAAACUUCACAAAAUUUACAGUUCUCUUCAUAAGGAACUUGACUUUAUUAACACUACAACUUCAAAAGGGAGCAAAGGUCCAUUCAAUGCCCCAAUGUCCUUUUCAUUCCAAAAGGCAGAAGAGAAUUUUGCAAUCCAAAGCUUGCUUUGGUAUCCCCAAACUAUAUAGCAUGUUCACCUCUAUUGACUUGGACCAUCUGACUAAUAUAUGAUAGGUGUGACAUUUGAAUUUCAUCAUUUCAUCAUUUCCUUUUCAAAAUGUGAGAAACUCCAUGUUCCAAAUGAUGGAUUUUGGAACCACUGAUAAAUAAGCAUAAAUACGUUGAUUGGGAGUUGUGCCUUUAAACGAAAGAUGUCUAUUUUGACAUGGCUUCCACUAAUAUGCGGAGAUUGCCUGAGUAUUCAAAAGAGGGCUUAUGGUCAUCCUCCAACCAUAAUUUAGUCGUCUUCUGAAGCAACUGUGGAAAUCUGAUACCUGUCACGCCUCUUUCUUUCUGACGUCUCCCACCUUCAAGGGAUAAGAUCAGGAUAAUCCAGCAAAAACUUGUUCUUUAACGUACAUCACGAGGACGUCAACUCCUGAAUAGAGUGCCAGGAUGAGACCCACCAUGGCACAGGUGUGUCAGCCUUCAUUCCUGUUUACAGCUUUUGUACUCUAUAUAGCCUUCUUCGUAGCCAGAGUGGAAGGUGCAUCGUGUCCCGCUGCCAGGAUUAAUGUUUCUGAAGUUUGUGAAGAUGUAGAGAGAAUUGAUGUCAAAGUAUCUGCCAACCUUACUCACCUCGUUUGUGACAAUCUUCAGAAUCUCAGUCACGUUAACAGUACCUUUAUAAUUCAAGCUUUGGAAUUCACCCUGAGGAAAAAAUAUGACCUUCCACUCAAUAUAGUCAGAGUCCUUCUAAAUCAAGUGAAUGGGGAAGAGCUGAUCAAUGCCCUGGAGGAAUUUAAUGAAAAGAUUGUGAACUCUUCCCUAAUUUCCAAUCAAGCGAAAACUGCCAUAAUGCAGGCUUUGUGGGAUGAGAAGCUAAGAAACGAAGAUCACUUCAACAAGACUGCCUUUGUGAUGUCCUGGUUCCAGAAAAGACUUCGCCCUUUUAUCUCAGGAAUUUCACCAGAGAUGCUCCAGUGUCUUCACAAUGAGUCCAUGCAGUGUGAGCAAUACCAGGCAAUUGUUAAAGGAUUAGAUGCAGAAUUUAUGAAGAUGAAUCAUCACAUCCAAUAUGAAGUUUUCCACUCGUUCCAACUUCCUUAUUUAAGGGGAUUGAAUGCUAGUGGAUCAGCUUGCACAAAGGACCUCAACAGCACCUCGUGGCUAUUGGUCAAUUUUGCACGUUUCAGUCGAUAUGCCAAGUAUCAAGAAUUUCUUUCUUUGAAUUCCAGGUUCAGUGGUUUGGUUGUUCUCAAGAAAUUAACAGUCAGGCAACUUGCACAGUUUUCUGCCAGUGAUGGAGCUCUGAAGACACCCAAAGAUGUUGAGAGUGUGAUGCAUCUCAUAACAACAGCUACACUGACAGAAUACAUUAACGAAUUCAGCAGACAGGACAAUGUUAGCCUGCCAAAGGAGGUCCAAGCCAACCUCCUGGAGCACUUGCUGGUGGCAGCCCAGCCCAUCCUUCGAAAGGCAGAUGAUGUGGAGUUGACACUCUGGAUGAUGCAAUACCUCCCAAAAUUGAUAUCGGGAAUAAACAGUUCACUUGUUCCACUCUUAUUUGAGGAUCUGGAGACCAGAAAUUGUUCUGCUGUCAAUGCUGUAGUAACUCUGUUAAACGGUUCUCUUGGUCAAUUUGGCAAUGCUACCCGACAGAAAAUUUUUGAAGCCAUCCUUAGGGUGAUCUCAGCCUCCUCUCUUCGAUGCUAUGCUUCAGACAAUUUUUUGGUGUUUCUAGAAAAGACGUUUCAGGGUUUUAUUGUCUUCCUGACUUUGAAGGACCUGGAAACGUUAAUUCCCUCCUCUGACUUCCAAAAGAUUGUGAAUACAGUUCCAGCAGAUGAGCUAGCUGAGCUGUUUUCUACAGAGGGAUUCAUUGAUGAUGAUCCUUUCUUGACGGCUGUGUUAAAGAUCUAUAAUAAAACUGGCUUAUUUAUUGACAGACUUAACCAGAAAAAUAUUAUUGACAUUCUUCCAAACAGCACCAAGGUGGCUCUUUUGGCUGGGCUGUGGCCUAGCGUGGUUUCUAGCAGCGAAGAAGCUGAGGUGUCCUUGUGGCUGGAUAGCCGCUUGGCUCAUUCCUUCAUGCUUCUUAAUGGUGAUAUGUUGAAUGCUAGUGAGACCUUGAACACCAGCUGUGGUACAUUCCAAAAAAUAGUGAACAAACUGAGUGAAAAUAUUGUGAUAUUCAAAGAUAAGGAAGAAGAAAUGUACUUUUCCAUGAAAGCUUAUUUGACUGCAAGCAAAAGCAGACCCCGAUGCUACAAUCCCAGCAAUCCUGAGAGGUCCAGUUGGCUUGCGAUGUAUCUUGGGAACUAUAUUCGUUAUAGCAGUGCCAGAGACAUGCGCUUAUUCACAAACAAGAGUGCUGCCAUAUUUCAAGAUCUUGCUUUUAACCGAGACAACCUGGAGCUGAUCAAAAGAAAUAAAAUCCAUAAAGAUUUGGCAGAAAUGUAUGCUACAGCAUUAUUUACUGUUGACUCGGAUUUCAAUCUUGACAGCCUUCCAGAUCAACUUGUUUGUUUUGUGCAACGUUCAACCUUGAUCUCCCGUCUGAGCCCUGCAGAGGCCUUGAGCUUCAUUGCCCGGGUCAACCACCAUUGCAGUUCUUCCAACCCUUCUGCCUCUGACCGUCAGCUUGCUCAUAUGCUUGUGGCUCAAGUCAAGACAUUUGAUAAACAGACCUUGAUAGCUUUGGGGCAGCAAGCAAUGGGGCUCACAGCGGGUCAGAUUUCAAAUCUAACAGCACAAGAUCUAGUAGAUCACAAGGUUUUGGAAUCACUCGGCCAGGUCAAGGGCUGGAACAGAAGACAAUCCCAGAUUCUGGUAAACAAGAUCCUGCUCAAUUACAAGCUAGACACAGCUGAGAAAUUUGAGCAUCUUGGUACCCUGGCAGAAGGCUUGCCAGGUAACAGUUUUGACACCAUGGCAGCCAGUUUCGUAGUUAAGCUGGCCAAGAAUAUGAGCUUUCAGAGAGCUUUCAGAAAAAGUCCUGAUCAUGUGAAGAAGGCCUUUGUCAGCAAGAUCCUUUCAAACUCCUCCUCUCUUGAUGACAUCUUAAAUAAUGUUCCAGAUGAUUUAAUUGAAUUUGUUCCCAAUUCACUGCUGGUGUCUGGAGGCCAGAUUCUAGAUCUCCACAAAAUCAAUGAGAAACCGUGGUCUCCACAACAGGCAGCAGUCAUGUUUGGAGAUCUCUUUGCCAGAAUUGAGAACUACACAAUGCUUUCUCCAUUCAUCUUGCAAGGCUUUCAGUGUGAUGCGGCUAGUAAACUGAUGCCUGGGCAGCUCUUCUCCUUAGUUCAAGAAGUGAGACGUCAAAAGGCCAAUUUGAGUGAAGAACAGCUCUCCUGCAUGGCCAGACUUCUCAUCAAAAGCAACCUGACCACAAACCUCAGAAGCUACCCAGCAGACGUUCUGCUUUUUUUCCCCAUUAGUAAAGUAGAACAUCAAAGCUGUGAAAUGUUCCACAUUUUGGCUUCUCAAGGGAACUUAAGUUUAUUGGCCAAUGGAUCAUCCCAGCGGACCAGACUUUUGGAGAAUGCAUUGCGUUGUUUUGGUGUAAAAAAUACCUCACUCAGCAAAGAGCAGCUCCAAAAGCUGGGAGUCUUUGUGUGUGACAUGAAGCCAUCCACCAUCACAGACUCUGACCCGGCAAUCCUGGAGAAUUUGAAAGCGUGUCCAGAUCUCACAGCUGCUCAGAUUACAGCCCUCAGGAUGCUCCUGGCCAGUGGGAACACCUUAUAUGGAUCUCCUGCCUCCUGGGAUGAAUCAACCCUUGAAAACCUUGGGCCUCUUGCUUUCUACAUAAAUCACAUUAUCUGGGAUUCCAUUAACAAGGAAGAAAGGACGAUCUUCUUCAGAAAGGUGAUGGAUGGAUACAGCAGCCAAAGAGCUUUUCCAAAGACAAAAACAAUCCUCUUCUUAAAAUCGGUUGGAUCUAAACCAGCUUCCUCUCCUAGAACUAAACGGGCAACUGAAACUUGCCGGUCUGCUCCCAUCACCAGCAGCAGCCUAGAAGAUCCGCUUUUCAUAAUUCGGUACGACAGUGCCCAGCAGUUGGAUGCAUGUCUGAGUGAUGAAAUUGUGAAGGCCAACCUGGGUCUUUUGCUUGAACAGCCCCUCCCAAAUGACUACUUGGCCAUAGUUAAAAAGAAGUUAGACAAGAGCUACCCUGAUGGGAUUCCAGAAGAUCAGUUGAGACUGCUUGGCUUCCUCUCACGUCAGUACAGCACAGACGAGAUUGGCAGUUGGAACCUCACUUCCAGUGACACCCUGGCUGCUCUUCUGAAUCCAAAUGAUGGUGCAUGGGAAAUGCCACAGCUCAGGCGACUGGUUGCAAGAUAUAUGGAACUGGGAGGCUCACUCACUGGUCCCUUACUGGACAUGCUGGGAGGCAAAUACCUGUGCUUUCUGGAUGAAGAUCAGCUGCAGGAAAUCAAUCCAGCAUCCAUUAGGCAUGCUGAGAAGCUAGAUAUUUCUACUUGUGCCCAAGGGAAGAAAGAUACCCUGUACCAAAAGGCCCACACUGCAUUUGCCAACCAAGAAGGAACACGUGCCUAUUAUCCUCUUAUCCAGCCAUAUCUAGGGGGAGCUCCUGUCGAAGAGCUGAAAAAGCUGGCUAGAUCCCAUGUUGAUAUGGAUAUUGAUACAUUUAUUAAUUUAAAUCCGGAAGAAGUAAAGAAACUCAGUGUCCAGGAUGUGAAAGAUCUGCUUGGUGUUAAUUUGCCUGACCUGAAAGAAGUUGAAAACCAUCCUUCUGUUGCCAUGUGGAUCAAGAACAACUUUCAGUCUGAACUGGAUUCCCUUGGAAUUGGCCUGGUUGGAGGCAGGGCAUCUCUGUUCUCCACUUCUAUGGGCAGCACCGUGUCAAAUACAACCACAGCCAGAACUUACCUCACCUCUGUCAUGUCCAGUAUAACCAGAACAUCUUCUAAAAGGCUUUCAACACCACCUAAGCCCACGCCAGCGUUGGUCAGCAAAAGACCCAUAACAGUUACAGGCAAACAGCCAACGGCAUCAAGCAAAACGACUUUCCACUCCCAAAAAACCUCUCCCAAGACAGCUAUUCCUCCACCACCCUCCCCAAAUCGAACGACCUCAAAGGCAGCUACAGCCAUCCAGAGAAGCAGCAGAGCAGCUCCACCAACAAAACCACCAUCGUAUCCAACUCCAAAUGGCUACAUUCACGUGAAACCAUUAAGUGCAUCAGCCGUAAACACAUCACUCAGCUGGGCACUUCUGGCAUUGUCUCUCACCAUUGGAAUCUCAAUUCAGAAGUUUCUCUAAAAAUAUGAAUAUCUCCUCCCCACCCUAACAAUUAUUGAUGAUGUUAUCUGUAAUACUUUCAAAAUUCUACUACAAAAGCCACAUUGACUCUUGGAAAGAUAACAGUGCUAAACGGAUUAUGUCUAAAUGGACAGGUGUCAAAAUUUACCGUUAUGUAGAAAAUCAUUGCACCAUUAUUGUUUGAAGAUGACCCUGCAUUUAUUGUCCCCUUCCUGUGCCCUAAUUGGUUAUAUUACAAUACAAUCAUAUUUCCAAUGCACG